AUGAAUUCAAAAAAUCAUUCAUAAGCUUACUCGCAAGUUUAUUCAGAAGAAUAAGAUGAGUAAGUUCUAAGUUUAACAAAUAUGGAAAUUAAGUGGCUAAAUUUAUUAAAGCGAAUUUCUAGAGAUGAUUUAGAAGUAUUAAGGAGAUAAUUUGAAAAAUAAAGAUAAUAAUUAUUGGAUAUUUAAAAAAAGGACGAACAUCAAAAUAUAGAAGAAAAGUGA